AUGGUGGAUUUUGAUGUAAUUAUGGGGAUGGACUGGUUGUCCGCAUGUUAUGCUAAUAUGGAUUGUCGCCAUAAGUUAGUUCGUUUCGCCUUUCCCGAUGAGCCUGUUAUUGUGUGGGAGGGUGAAAUUGCUAAGCCAAGGAAUAGAUUUAUUUCCUAUCUUAACGCUCAUAAAAUGAUUGCUAAGGGGUGUAUUUACCAUUUGGUGGCUGUUAAUGACACAAAAUCCCUAGUACCCGAAUUUGCAUCGUUUCCCAUAGUUAGUGAUUAUCCUAAAGUGUUUCCCGAAGAUCUCCCUUGUAUCCCUCCUGAUAGGAAUCGUGAGGAUUAUGCUAAUCAUUUGAAGAUAACUUUGACAACACCUGAGGAGAAUCAGCUUUAUGCAAAAUUCUCUAAGUGUGAAUUCUGGCUUGAGUCUGUGUCUUUCUUUGGUCAUGUGGUGACUGGUGAUGGCAUUAAAGUAGACCAUCAGAAAGUUUCAGCGGUUAAGGAUUGGCCUAGACCAACUAGUGCGGCGGAAAUUCGUAGUUUCUUAGGUUUGGCAAAUUAUUACCAAAAGUUUGUGGAAGGCUUUUUGUCAAUAGCCUCUCCAUUGAUUAAAUUGACACAGAAGACUGCUAAGUUUCAGUGGUCCAAAGCUUGUGAAAAGAGUUUCCAAGAACUUAAGACAAAGUUGACUUCGGUUCCUAUUUUGACUUUACCUUCUGGGUCUGGUGGAUAUGUGGUGUACUGUGAUGCUUCUAGAAUUGGUUUAGGUUAUGUAUUAAUGCAGAACGAUGCUUUAAGUAGAAAAUCUAUUGGCACGUUGGCUUAUUUGCGUGCACAUGACAUGCCCAUGGGGAAGAAAAUUCGAAGACUUGCUAGUCUUGGGGUCAGACUUGAUGAAACUAAAGAUGGAGAGUUAGUGGGAAUCACGCCAUCACGUAUUCUGCGGUUGCAAGGAAGAUUGUAUGUUCCCGAUGUUGAUGGUCUUCGACAAGAAUUGAUGAUGGAAUCUCAUAGUUCCAAGUAUUCUGUGAUGGUUGAACAUCAAAGGUCUGGUGCCUUGGCUCAAAACAUUGAGAUUCCUCAAUGGAAAAAGGGGAAGCUUAGUCCUUGCUCUAUUGGUCCUUACGAGAUUACAAAAAGGGUUGGGAAGGUAGCUUACGAGUUGAGAUUACCGGCUGAGAUGUCUAUGGUUCAUCCGGUGUUUCACAUUUCGAUGCUGAGAUUGUACCAACCUGAUCCUUCCCAUGUGUUGAACCAUGAAGAUAUUGAAAUUGAUGAAGCUCUAUCUUAUGAAGAAGAACCAGUUCAAAUUUUAUAUCGUCAAUUAGAAGGUUGA